CGAAGAUGGCUGUCAGUUCUUUCACAGCACGACAGACCUGGUCUCAUCCUGAUGUGGAGCUGGCAUUGACUGACCUGGAGAAGAAACUGUGUGAACAUUUUCAAAGGAUAGAGAUAAGAGGGAAACGAGGACGUAAAGUUCCACUGCUCCUCACCCCAGAAAUGCAGGCAUCAAUGGAGCUCCUUGCAAAGACUCGUAAUGACUGCGAAGUUCCAGACAGCAAUCAAUUCAUGUUUGCAAGGCCACAGGCACUAACGCACUUUCGAGGAUCGGAUGUUAUUCGACAGAUAGCUCAAUCCUGUGGGGCCAGUAACCCAGAGGCACUGUCCUCUACUAAGUUGAGGAAACACAUGGCCACAAUGUCCCAGCUUCUGAAUCUCAAGGACAAUGAAAUGGACAACCUCGCGGAUUUCUUAGGUCAUGACAUAAGAGUUCACCGCCAAUACUACAGGCUGCCUGAAGGAACAUUACAGCUGGCUAAGGUCAGCAAAAUGCUGAUGGCCCUGGAAAGAGGGAAAAUGGCAGAGUUCAAGGGACAAACUCUGGAUGAGAUCUCCAUUGAUCCGCAAGAGGAAAUAGCUCAGGACAGUGACCAGUCAGACUUGGAUGAAGACGACGACCAGAUGGCUGCUUCUACAUCAUUUUCUACGCCCUCCACACCUUCAUCAUCCUCCAGACCUUCAUCCUCCACACCUUCAUCAUCCUCCAGACUUUCAACGUCCUCCACACCUUCACCAUUCUCCAGUCCUUCAUCAAAUAAAUCCAGUGAGAGAGAGAGAUCCACCAGUGGAAAGGACAGCACACCUCCAGCUCAAGGUUCUUCACAAAGGAGAAGAAAGUGGUCGGAGGAGGAGGUCCAGGCAGUGGAGAAGACGCUGAAUAGCUUCAUAAGGUCCAGGAGGGUUCCAGGAAAAGCAGACUGCGUGAGAUGUAUUGAGGAGUCUCCACAGGCCCUACAGGACAGGAGCUGGACAGCAGUAAAGUUCUAUGUCAAAAACCGAAUUGAUGCUGCCAAAAGAGGGAGAUAAGCUGCUGCUGCUCUGAAUUUAUUUUCAGUUAAGAAAAAGAGUUGAGUUGAAUUAGAACAGGUAUUCUAUCUUGCCAAGUUAAAAUGCACAAUAUUUGCAUUUCGUUCUGUGAUUAAUUUUUUGAUGUGCAUCUUUAACAGUGUUGGUUGAAUAAGCUGCCAAAAGAGGGAGAUGAGCUGCUGCUCUGAGUUUAUUUUGAGUUAAGAAAAGAGUUGAGUCGAGUUAGAAUAGGUUUUCUAUCUUGCUCUGGCAAGAUAGGCUCCAAGCUCUGGGCUCUGAAGGGCGGGAGCUGGACAGCAGGUAAAUGCACACCAUUUGCAUUUCGUUCUGUGAUUAAUUUUUUGAUGUGCAUCUUUAACCAUGUUGGUUGAAUAAGCUGCCAUAAGGGGCAGAUGAGCUGCUGCUGCUCAUAGUUUAUUUUAGAGUCAGAGUCAGAGUUGAAUUAGAACAGGUGUAGGUAAAUGCACACCAUUUACAUUUUGUCAUUUAUAUUUUUGAUGUGCAUCUUUAACCGUUUUGGUUGAAUAAACCACUUCUCUUAUUGCA